UGAUUUGGGCAUAUGGUAAAUAAAAGUCGUCACCUGACCCUGCACUCCCCGACGGCUUUUCCAAAUUUUCUCAGUCCACCCUCCCUCUCCCUCUCUCUGUCUCUCUCUCUCUCUCUCUCUAAAAAACCUCAUUCUCGCUCUAGAUCAGAGGCAUUUUGGUUUUGAAUUGGAGUGAUCUUUGCGAAGAUUGUUCUCUAUUGUUUUGGCGGCCUGAGAUCCAAACGGUGCCACGGCGGGAGAGGAUCUAGGAUUGUGGAGCUCAGGAGGAAACUUGCGGUUUCUCUUUAUCUUCUCCUCUCUCUCUCUCUCUGUGUGCGCGUGAGGGAAAGUGGAUCUGAGCGGAGAUGGCGUUGUCAGGCAUGCGAGGGCUCUCGGUCUUCAUCAGCGACAUCCGCAAUUGCCAGAACAAAGAGCAGGAACGCCUCCGCGUCGACAAGGAGCUCGGCAACGUCCGCACGCGCUUCAAGAACGAGAAGGGCUUAUCACCGUAUGAGAAGAAGAAAUAUGUUUGGAAAAUGCUCUACAUUUACAUGCUCGGUUAUGAUGUGGAUUUUGGUCACAUGGAAGCUGUUUCUUUAAUAUCUGCACCAAAGUAUCCAGAAAAGCAGGUUGGGUACAUUGUGACGGCAUGUUUGCUAAAUGAGAACCAUGAUUUUUUGAGACUGGCAAUAAAUACUGUGCGCAAUGAUAUUAUUGGUCGCAAUGAAACCUUCCAGUGUUUGGCAUUGACUAUGGUUGGCAACAUUGGUGGGAGAGAAUUUGCUGAGUCGUUAGCACCUGAUGUUCAAAAGUUACUUAUCUCUAGCAGCUGCAGACCGCUUGUGAGGAAGAAAGCUGCACUCUGUCUGCUGCGCUUGUUUAGGAAAAAUCCUGAUGUUGUCAAUGUAGAUGGCUGGGCGGAUCGGAUGGCACAGCUAUUAGAUGAACGUGAUCUUGGUGUUUUGACAUCUUCUAUGAGCCUUCUUGUUGCUCUAGUAUCAAAUAACCAUGAGGCAUACUGGAGUUGUCUUCCAAAGUGUGUUAAAACAUUAGAGCGGCUUGCUAGGAAUCAGGACAUUCCACAAGAAUACACUUACUAUGGUAUCCCAUCUCCCUGGCUUCAGGUUAAGACAAUGAGGGCUCUUCAGUAUUUCCCAACUAUUGAAGAUCCAAAUACCAGAAGAUCAUUGUUUGAGGUCUUACAACGUAUAUUAAUGGGGACUGAUGUUGUUAAAAAUGUAAAUAAGAACAACGCAUCACAUGCUGUUCUUUUCGAAGCCCUUGCUCUUGUCAUGCAUCUUGAUGCUGAAAAAGAGAUGAUGUCUCAGUGUGUUGCCCUUCUUGGAAAAUUUAUUGCUGUGCGUGAACCAAAUAUUCGAUAUCUUGGUUUGGAGAAUAUGACCCGAAUGUUGUUGGUAACAGAUGUGCAAGACAUCAUCAAAAGACACCAGGCUCAGAUCAUAACCUCAUUAAAGGAUCCAGAUAUCAGUAUCCGUAGACGCGCUCUCGAUUUGCUUUAUGGUAUGUGUGAUGUUACAAACGCAAAGGACAUAGUUGAAGAAUUAUUGCAGUAUCUCAGUACAGCAGAGUUCACAAUGCGUGAGGAAUUGUCACUUAAAGCUGCUAUUCUUGCAGAGAAGUUUGCCCCUGAUCUAUCAUGGUAUGUGGAUGUGAUUCUUCAAUUGAUUGAUAAGGCUGGGGAUUUUGUAAGCGAUGACAUAUGGUUUCGUGUUGUGCAGUUUGUUACAAACAAUGAAGACCUACAGCCUUAUGCCGCAGCAAAGGCGAGAGAGUAUCUUGACAAGCCAGCUAUACAUGAGACAAUGGUGAAGGUCAGUGCAUAUCUUCUUGGAGAAUUUGGCCACCUUUUGGCCAGACGGCCAGCAUGUAGUCCGAAGGAAAUAUUUAGCGUCAUACAUGAGAAGCUUCCUACUGUAUCGCCUUCUACCAUUCCUAUUCUUCUUUCAACAUAUGCUAAGAUUUUAAUGCACACUCAACCCCCAGACCCAGAACUACAGAAUCAGAUUUGGGCAAUUUUUAACAAAUACGAGAGUUGCAUUGAUGCUGAGAUACAACAACGAGCUGUUGAAUAUAUUGCCUUGAGUAGAAAAGGUGCAGCUCUAAUGGAUAUAUUGGCUGAAAUGCCCAAAUUCCCUGAGCGACAGUCGUCAUUGAUCAAGAAGGCUGAUACUGAAGUUGAUACUGCGGAGCAAAGUGCUUUAAAGUUGCGGACCCAGCAGCAAACAUCAAGUGCUCUGGUUGUAACUGAUCAGCGUCCUGCUAAUGGGACACCAUUAUCAUCCAGCACUCAGCUUACGCUGGUAAAGGUGCCCAGCAUGAGCAGUACUGCAGAUCACAAUUUAGCAGAGCAAGGAUUGUCCCAUGAGAAUGGGACUUUGAGUAAAGUAGAUCCCCAACCUCCUUCAGCCGAUCUCCUUGGUGAUCUCUUGGGUCCACUGGCUAUUGAAGGCCCUCCUAGUACGGAUGUCCAGUCUCAACAAACUAUAGUCUCUGGAUUGGAAGAUGUUCCAAAUACAAUCGAAGCCGCAGCCAUUGUUCCUUUUGGAGAGCAGACAAAUUCUGUUCAGCCAAUAGGAAAUAUUGCUGAAAGGUUUCAUGCUUUGUGCUUGAAGGAUAGUGGUGUUUUAUAUGAAGAUCCUUACAUCCAGAUUGGCAUUAAGGCAGAGUGGCGAGCACAUCAUGGGCGACUUGUUCUUUUCUUGGGAAACAAGAAUACUUCUCCACUUGUUUCAGUUCAGGCUAUAAUAUUGCCUCCAUCCCAUUUAAAGAUGGAGCUCUCAUUAGUACCAGAGACUAUUCCUCCCAGAGCACAGGUGCAAUGCCCACUUGAAGUUGUGAAUCUCCGUCCUAGUAGGGAUGUAGCAGUCCUUGAUUUCUCAUACAAGUUUGGUAACAAUAUGAUCAAUGUCAAGCUUCGCCUUCCUGCUGUCUUGAAUAAAUUUUUUCAGCCUAUAGCAGUGACAGCUGAAGAGUUUUUCCCUCAAUGGAGAUCACUUUCAGGACCACCUUUGAAGCUCCAAGAAGUGGUUAGAGGCGUAAGACCAAUGCCUCUUCUGGACAUGGCAAAUUUAUUGAACAGUUUCCGGUUGAUAGUUUGUCCAGGGCUUGACCCAAAUCCAAACAAUCUUGUUGCAAGCACAACGUUCUAUUCAGAAAGUACACGGGCCAUGCUCUGCUUGGUUAGAAUUGAAACAGAUCCAGCAGACAGAAGCCAGUUGCGAAUGACAGUUGCAUCAGGGGAGCCGGCAUUAACAUAUGAGUUGAAGGAGUUCAUGAAAGAACAAUUAGUUAAUAUUCCUACAGCAGCAGCACCAGUACCUCAACCAACCAGUCCAGCGGCAGCAGCGACAGAUCCUGGGGCUAUGCUGGCUGGUUUACUGUGACAGCAGUGAAGGUGAGUGAUGUGUGAGGAUUUGUUCAUUAUACGCAUGUAAACCUGAUUUAUACAGCUGGGCCCACCCAUAUGUCCCUCAAGUUAAAAGUGUGGAUGAAGAAACCAAAGAUGCAAGGGCUGGCGGAAUUAAGGGUUGAGCUAAUUUGGUAGUCGGCUUAAGUGCUUUUGAGUGGGAAUUUCCAGGGGUUGGUCGGGAUUUUCAGAUUCUUUCUGCACAAAUGUAAUUGUGCCUUGGGUGAGAUUUUUUCUCUUUUGGGGUGAGGGUUUUUUUUCUUUUUUUUUAAUAUUAUUAUUAUUAUAAUUCAUCAUUUUUCCCCUUCCCAGUUUCACUGGAUUGGUUUCUGUAGCAUAAUAUUUGACCCAUGUAAGAUAUUUUGCAUGAAGUAGAACCAGUUGUAAUAGUUUGCAUU